GAAGGUAAUGAGCGGAAGUCGUGUUUCAGCCUCAAAGCGGCUAUCUUUAGCUCUGUAUGCUAACAGCAACAACAGCUGUUUUUAACCUGAAUUCCUUAAUAAAGCCCAGUUUAUUAACACCAUGGAGACCUCGGCUCCGAAGAGGAGAGAGAACAAGAAGUCUCUGCGGGUUAAAGUCAUCAGUCUGGGGAACGCGGAGGUCGGGAAGAGCUGCAUUAUUAAACGGUACUGUGAGAAGAGGUUUGUUCCCAAAUAUCUGGCGACUAUUGGCAUCGACUAUGGCGUCACAAAAGUUCAGGUCCGCGACAGAGAAAUCAAAGUGAAUAUCUUCGACAUGGCUGGACAUCCGUUCUUCUACGAAGUGCGUAAUGAGUUCUAUAAGGACAGUCAGGGGGUCCUGCUGGUCUACGACGUGGGUCUGAGGGAGAGCUUCGAGGCGUUGGACAGCUGGCUCGGGGAGAUGAAACAGGAAAUGGGUUCUCAGGCCAACAUGGACAGCAUCGUGUUUGUGGUCUGCGCCAACAAGGUGGACCUGAUCAAGCGGCGCGUCGUGGACGAGGGCGAGGGUCGACUGUUUGCUGAGUCUCGGGGGUUUCAUUACUUCGAGACGUCGGCGCAGAGCGGGGAGGGGAUCAACGAGAUGUUCCAGGCCUUCUUCUCCUCCAUCACCGACAUGUGUGAGAAUGGCGGGAAGCGCCCGGUGACGGAGCUCAGCGUCGGCUUCACCAAGGAGCAGGCCGACACCAUCAGACGCAUCAGAAACAGCAAGGACUCCUGGGACAUGCUGGGGGUCAAACCGGGGGCAACACGGGAGGAAGUGAACAAGGCGUACAGGAAGUUGGCGGUGCUGCUUCACCCGGAUAAAUGUGUGGCCCCCGGCAGCGAGGACGCCUUCAAGGCCGUGGUGAACGCUCGCACCUCCCUACUGAAGAACAUCAAAUAACACUCACUUCACUCUGAUUGGACCUCCCACCCUCGUACCGACCAAUCACAUGCAGCCGCUCGAACAGUCAUUAUUUAUUUAUUGUAAGGUGUGUGUGCCAACGUUGGUCUAGUUUAACUUAUUUACACUUCAUAUCUGGAGGACUGGCCCCUGUGUUAGCGUGAGGAAGAUGAGGGUCACUCAGACACUAGAGAACGGUUAAUAUUAUAAAACGAGUUUCAUAUUAGGAGAAAAAACUUCAAUUUUUAAGCCUGUUUGCCAAAUCUAUACAAUUGUAAGUGUCCUGAACUGAAACACAUGCUAAAUAUUAACUUUUUCUUACUUCCAAACAGAAGGUCCUCCAGUUUUAGUUCCCUAAAGCGACUUUAGUUCCCUCGAAUGUCCCUCCAAACUGUGCCAUUACAUUCAUGUGUCCUACAUGUGUCUUAUUAUUCCCGGAUGACAGAUUUGUUCCCGUAUGUAACUGCGUGACUAAUAUUAAGUAACUUGUGCCAACUACUGAGUCAUUCGUUCCCUCAAGUCUGUAAUGAUCACCUUUAAUAACUCUUUAAUAAGGAGUCACAUUCUGUUGAUUCCAAAUAUUUCCUCUUGAUUUUAAAUUGUUCCCUCAUGAUAUAAAUGAGUUCCCUGAAGUUACAACUUUUUUCAUAACAUUAACAAUUUGUUCCGUGAAAUUGGUAAUUGCGUCCCUCCGGGAACUAAUGUGUAUAUUAUUAGUUAAAUAACUUGUUCCCUUAAGUGAUAGUAUCAAGCGAUGUAUGCCAUCCACCCACUCAUUGGUUCCCUAAAGUUGUUAUUAAAAUGUAGACUUUUGUUUUCAUUGUUUAUCGAAGUUAUUACAAAUACAAAAUAAGGUACAUUUAAUGGACCUAACAUUAAAUAAUAUAAUGACUUAAAAACCUCUCAAUAUAUUCUACAAACUCCUAAGGACAUUUAAAAUAACCGAUAAAUGUAUCGGUUAUUUUAAAUGUCUGACCUGAAGACGUUUUCAUCACGGCGGGUUAUCAAUAAAGGUUCUUGAAUAUAAAAACGUUAAUCACGCAAAGGUGUGUAUCAACGUUAAGAGGUGAAGGACAGCAUGAGUAUGUUAUCAGCCAAUCACACGUAUGAAACAUGUUUACUGUGUUAUAAACACAUUAUUUAUUUGGUGUGUGUGUGUGUGUGUGUGUGUGUGUGUGUGUGUGUGUGUGUGUGUGUGUGUGUGUGUGUGUGUGUGUGUGUGUGUGUGUGUGUGUGUGUGUGUGUGUGUGUGUGUGUGUGUGUGUGUGUGUGUGUGUGUGUGUGUGUGUGUGUGUGUGUGUGUGUGUGUGUGUGUGUGUGUGUGUGUAUGUGUGUGUGACUCUGUGUGUGAGACUCUGUGUGUGAGACUCUGUGUGUGAGACUCUGUGUGUGACUCAGUGUGUGUGUGUUUGUGUGUAUGUGUGUGUGAGACUGUGUGUGUGAGACUGUGUGUGUGUGUGUUUGUGAGACUCUGUGUAUGUGUGUGUAUGUGUGUGAGACUGUGUGUGACUCAGUGUGUGUGUGUUUGUGUGUAUGUGUGUGUGACUGUGUGUGAGACUCUGUGUGUGACUCAGUGUGUGUGUGUUUGUGUGUAUGUGUGUGUGACUCUGUGUUGUGCAUGUUUUUGAAAUAAUAAAAAAGAUCAUUUCUGCA